UUCCUCCUCCUUCUCCCACUUCUGUUCCACUUUCAUUGGAAGUAUUUUCCACAGCAGCUCUCCAGAGCUGCAGCCCGCUGGGUGAGGAGCUCUGGGGCUGGGGCACAGGAAGAUGAGCCCAGGGAAGGAAACCCAAACUCCCACUCAGGCAGCACGAGUGACUCAGCAGGGCCAGGCAGGAGGAGGAGGAGGAUGACGGAGUGAGCUUGGCACAACCACAGCAUGAGGGCAUCAGAAACACCAGGGAGGUUUAUCCCCUUCUGCAGGGGAGGAGCAGAGGAAAAAAAAUCAGAAAAAAAGAGUGGUCAGGCAUUGGAAGAAGUUGCCCAGUGUGGGGUGUGCUUUAGAGUCUCUUCCACCCUCCAUGACCCUGAGGUUCUGCAAGGCAGAAAAAGAGGCCAUUCCCUUCUUUUUUUGGGAGGGAUCCAGCUCAUUUGGAGUGCCUGUGUUGCUCAUUUUGGCUGCUGGAAGCAGCCACCCUCAGUGGAACCAUCCUGGGAGCGGAUCUGGAGCCAUCCCUGCUGAUUCAGGGUCAUCACCUCUAAUUACUGGGUGUCUGACACGCCGGGUUUCGCUCUGGCCCCGGUUCCUUCUCCUGUCCCAAGGAGGUGGAAGGUGAGCGGGAGGAAUCCCACAUUUCAGGGACAGGAAAUUGCUGUCCUUGUCCCCAGCACUGAUCCCUCAGUGCUGCCCCAACAGCAGCAGAAUCAGCCUUGAAAUCAGCCUCGAAAACAGCCUCAAGAUCAGCUUUGAAAGCUUCAAAAUCAGCUUCAAAAUCAGCCUUGAAAUAUUACAAAAUCAGCCUCGAAAUCAGCUUCAAAGUCAACCUCAAAAUCAGCAUCAUCAACCUUGAAAUCAGCCUUGAAAUAAUUAAAAAUCAGCUUCAAAAUCAGCCUUGAAAUCGGCUUCAAAAUCAGCCUUGAAAUAUUUCAAAAUCAGCCUCAAAAUCAGCUUCAAAACUUUCAGAAUCAGCCUCAAAAUCAGCUUUGAAAGCUUCAAGAUCAGCCUCAAAACCAGAACCAAAAUCAACCUUGAAAUAUUCAAAAUCAGCUUCAAGAUCAGCCGAGGACCUGAGGAGGAAAUGGGGGAAAAUCCAGGAAGGAGAGGAGAGAGAAGCUCGAUCUGUUUUCCUCGUGUGGUGUUGUUUGAGGUGUUCAGAAUUAUUGGGGGAAUCUCCUCAGGGAUGUGUCCCCAGCAGGAAAACACCGAGUUCACCAGGGAGGGGCUGUGAGAGGGGAUCAGGAGAGACCAACCCUCCCCAUCCUGGCCUUGCAUGACCCAGCUCCUUCCCAGCAGGAUCAGAAGCUGAAUUUGAGCAUUUUUACAAGGCUGUUCUGGGUUUUUCACGUGUUUUGGAACUCCAGGAAAAGCCUGGACCAGAGCUGGGAGCAAGACUGGAGGCUCCUCCACAUUUCCAGGGUUUCUGCAAGAGGUCACGGGGCUGGUCACCAUUCCUGGUCACACAGACCUUGGUGUCCAGCCCAGCAUUCCUCAGGGAUGUCCCCCCUGCCCAUCUGAACCCCUUCAAGGGGGGUCACCCCUUGUUUUUCACCCCUUCUCUCCAAGGCUGGGCAGGUAGGAGGAAGUGUCUCUAUCAGUGAAACCUCCAGGGGGGUGUGGACCUGUGAGCUGGACGGGGAGGAGGAAAUAUUUGCAUUUACCUCAUCAGAGCCCGGCUAUAAAAGGGGCUGGGGAGGCCUGAGGCUUCCUCACUUCCCAGGGCAGGUGGGCGAGGAGGAGGCACCGAGGGGGUCAUGGCAGCUUUCCUCCUCUUGGCACCUCUCCUCCUGCUGGGGACAGCGGCUGGCCAGGCAGACACGGAGAUGGAAGGGUGCCUCUGGCUCUGGAACACCACCGAAGGGAAUUUCUCUGUGGAAACAACACCUGAGACUUACCAGGCCAACACAACCUACCUGGUGACGAUAAAGGACGACAGGAACCACAGCAACAGCUCGGGGCAGCUGCUGCUGCAGGCGCUGUCCCCCCAGAACGCCUCGGUGGGGCGGUGGGAGGAUGCAGCCACGGCGAUCUGCAGCUCUGUGCUCACAGCAGUGCUCAACAUCUCCGAGACAGAGAGCACGGCCCGCUGGACAUCCCCCGACAGCGACCUCUCCUCCGUGCACAUCAGGGUCUUCCUCAGCCUCCCUGACAACACCACCGAGCUCAGGAGCCGGGUGCUGACCAGAGGGGCAGAAACCACCACGGUGCCCCCCAACAGCACCAGCUCAGCCCCCAGCACCUCUCCCAGCUCGGGGAGCAGGGCUCAGGGCAGCUCCCGGCUCCUGGCUGCCCUGCUGCUGCUGCUCACAGGCAGCCUGCUCUGCUAGAGGGGGCCCAGCUGGGCUGGGCUGCCCUUCCCCGCUCGGGAGCCACGGGGCUGGGCUGAUUUACUCAGGAAAAAGUUCACUGCUGUGCCUCGGGGUGACCCCUGCACUGCCAGGGGAAAUGGGAAAGGGUGGUGUGAGCGCCCAGCUGAGCCUCCCCUGCUGCCCUACCCACAACCCAGCACAAGGAAAACCCCAGCAGAGACCCCUGUGCCCUGGCCCUAAAGGAAAAUUAAAUAUUCCCAGCAGAGAUCCCUGUGCUCUGGCCCUAAAGGAAAGGGAAAUAUCCCCAGCAGAGAUCCCUCUGCCCUGGCCCUAAAGGAAAAAUCCCCAGCAGAGAUCCCUCUGCCCUGUCUGUAAAGGAAAAGGAAAAAUCCCAGCAGAGAUCCCUGUGCCCUGGCCAUAAAGGAAAAGGAAAAAUCCCCAGCAGAGAUCCCUUGUCCUGGCCCUAAAGGAAAAUGAAAUAUCCCCAGCAGAGAUCCCUCUGCCCUGGCCCUGCAGACACAAAACUGGGUGAGCAGAGCCCACGGGACACUCGUGAAUCCACAAUUUCCUCAUCGCCUGGCAUUCUGUAAAGCACAAAACGCCUGAAGGGAGGAGAAUUCCUCUUCUUCUUCUUCUUCCUCUUCUUCCUCUUAUUCUUUUUUCUUCUCCUUCUCCUCCUCCUCCUCCCUAGCUUUGCCUCUCCAUCCCCUCCUGGCACAGCCCCGAGCUCAGCAGAUGACAAAGUUUCUCUUUAUUUUCCCUCUAUUUUUUUCCCCUGGAAAGGUAAUGUGGGCAUUUUGUGUUCCUCUUUUUUUUUUCUUUUUUUUUUUUUAAUUUUUUUUUUAAUCAACAGCUGAUUCUGUUGUAGGGCAAGAUUAUUGUGUGGGCCAACGGACGUCUUGAUUUUAUUGUUGUUUGUAUUUUUAUAUGGGCAAAACGUUUAUUUAGAAAUUUUCCAACUUGUGGGAAGCAAUUUUUUUUUUUCUUAAACCGAUCUAAAUAAAAUAAGGAAUUAAAAUUGGUUUUGCACCUCCCAUUAUU